GGGUAUUUCAGAAAAAAAAAAUAAAAUUUAAUUUCCAACCGCCUCUAAAUGGUAUAAUGCAAUUUUAUACCUACGGUUUUUAUCAAAAAACCGCCUCUAAAUGUCAAUUUCGAACAUAGCGGGUAUUUUCACACCCUUUAGCUUCCCUUUUUAUAAAUGGGGUUGAAAAAACUGCCUCUAAAGGCUAACAUUGUAGUAGUGCUAAUUCGCUAAAAUGGAUGAUUCAUGAAUUCCUAAGGCUCAAAGAUAAACGUGAUAUAAUCACAAUUCCUGUCCCCCGAGCAUUCAUUGCACCGCGUACCCAGAUCACGUUAUCUGGAGAGGAUUUGCAGCAGGUUGCUACGUGUGACUACAUCGGCAACCAGGGAAUGCUGUUUGGAAUGAUGCACAUAUGGGAGAGCAUCAACGGUCUGAGAAAAUUUUUCAAGUUUUACGACCCAGAGCUUCUCACAGUGCAUGGGAUCAACGAUGAAGAACAGAGUCAGUCUUUUGACGAUGCGGCAAGACGAUUGGCUAAUUGGUUAUCAUUAAUGAACAACAACCACCAAAUGUUCUUUAUUCCUUAGAAUAUCGAGUAAACUUUAUUAAAUUCUUUAGUGCUAAUUGUUCAUUUCUAUAUUAUGUCUUCAAAUUAUUUUUAUACUAUCUUACUUAUAUUCCAAUAUAAUUUUCUAGGAUGCAUUGGACGCUAGUGGUGGUUGCGCCAAGGAAAAUUAUCCAUUUAAACCCUGUAAAAGGCCGCCCAAUUCCCAAAGAAAUAGAACAAAUGAUCGGAAGGUAAUAAUUUAAUGACUUCUUAUGUAACGAAUUUAAAUUAACUAACGAAUUGAAAUGCUAAUAUAAUUUUCCUAAACAGGGCAUUCAUGUAUAUAGGGGACGCACAUCAGUAUCUUGGCCCGUGGCAAGGAAUUUCACAAGCAAACUGUCCAAGACAACCUAAAAGCCAAGAAUGCGGUUUUUAUGUUUUGAAAUAUAUCACUGACAUCGUCGCACGUGCCAACCCCAACCGUUACAUACAAGAUCAAAAAGCUGUAAGUUUUAAUUAUUGAUCAUAGUAUAUAAAUUUUAUAAUAACAAAUAUAUAAUAUACAUAUACAUAAACUAAUAUAA